AUGUCCCUGAAGACCAGUGUCGAGAUAUUCGGUUCCGUGAUGGCAGAAUUUGGCUUCGUCGGAGAUGAAAGCCCUGGAUUUAUGCUUCAAUUCAAGUCCGUUGAAACAACGGAUCCAACGGCAGAGGGGAUGAAUAGGAUGAGGGACACGACAAUGGUGGGGGACGUCCACUAUUCAUACGAGUCAAAACAACCAUUGAAGCAUGUUGGAAGAUCUCAAUUAUGCCAGAGUUCGGUUAAUCCAUUGCCAUAUAGAUUCACAUCUACUUGGAUACUGGUGAUGGCACUGUUGGUUGAUAAUGUGAAAGGGAAUCUGAGUCCAUCGAGCCACGCCGACGAUCAACCAUGUUAA